GCGGGGCCCAGACAAGAUGGCGUCGCCCGGGUCCGGCGGCGCCGAGCGGGGCCCGUAGGGACGGCGGGCGGUGACUGCGGGACGGCGGGACAGGGGGACAGCGGGGCCGGGGGCCGCAGGCCGCAGGUUCUAAAUGGCUUCAAAGAAGUUGGGAUCCGACUCUCAUGGGCCUUUCAGUUACCUUGAUGAUGUCCCAUUUAAGAUAGGAGACAAGUUCAAAACCCCAGCAAAGGUUGGAUUACCCAUUGGUUUCUGUCUGUCUGAUUCUUCUCAGCUUGUCAGAGAAGCCCAGUAUGACUUCUCAUUGGAAAAGAAAACUAUUGAGUGGGCUGAAGACAUCAAAAAAAUUCAGGCUGCCCAGAGAGAAGCUGAGCGCAAGGCAGAAGCAGCUCUAGCAAACUCAAAAGCAGCUCCAGAGGACAGCACCAAGAUGGGGUUCUCAGAGGGACCUUGCCCUGAAGCCAUGCCUCCUCCUAUUAACCCCAUCCUCGCUAGCCUGCAGCACAAUAACAUUCUGACUCCUACCCCAGCCAACACCAGCUCUGUGAAGCAAAAGGUCCUUAGUCCACCUCGACCAAAGGCAGAUUUCAACCCAGCUGAUUUUGAAUGUGAAGAAGACCCAUUCGACAAACUGGAAUUAAAAACUAUUGAUGAUAAGGAGGAAUUAAAAAAUAUCCUCGAAAUUCACGUUGGUACUACUGGGCCAAUUGUUGCCCAGCUGUUAGAUAAUACUUUGCCUAAAGGAGGGUCUGAGUCUGUGUUGCAAGAUGAGGAAGUUCUGGCAUCCAUAGAAAGGGCCACGUUGGACUUCAAACCCCUUCACAAACCCAAUGGCUUUAUCACUUUACCACAGUUGGGAAACUGUGAAAAGAUGUCCUUGUCUUCCAAAGUGUCCCUUUCCCCCAUCACUUCAGUGAGCAAUAUCAAAUCCCUGUCAUUCCCUAAGCUUGACUCCGAUGAGGGUGAUCAGAAAUCAUCAAAGCUCACGAGCACUUUCCACAGCACUACCUGUCUCCGCAACGGCACUUUGCUUAGCUCUUUGCAGACCUGUGCUCAGAGUAAAGCCAGUGAACUGAAUGGACACCAUGUGCUUGGUCUUUCCGCUCUAAAUGAGGACAGUGGCAGGGAGACAUUAUCCUCUUCAUCCAGGCUGUCUUCCAUGGCUGUUUCGACUGUUUGUACAGAGGAGGAAUCAUCUCAAAACACAUCAACUACGGUACACCCAGACUACCAGGAAACAGAAGUCCCUGUGGUAACACACCAAAACUUUGCAGUGUCUAAAGUGCCCAAUAACAGCAGCUGCACGAAGCGGCCGGGCGGUCUGGCGGCUGAGCUGCAGCAGGGCCUCUCCCCCAGCGAGAGGCACUGUGUGGAGACAGUGGUCAACAUGGGCUACUCGCCUGAGAACGUCCUGAAAGCCAUGAAGAAGAAGGGACAGAACAUAGACCAGGUUUUGGAUUACCUGUUUGCACAUGGACAGCUUUGUGAGAAGGGCUUUGAUCCACUUCUUGUUGAAGCAGCUUUGGAAAUGCACCAGUGUUCAGAGGAGAAGAUCACAGAACUUCUCCAGUUAAUGAGUCAAUUUAAAGAAAUGGGCUUUGAACUAAAAGACAUUAAGGAGGUCUUAUUAUUACACAACAACGACCAACACAAUGCUUUGGAAGAUCUAAUGGCCCGUGCAGGAGCCAGCUGAAGACACAUUCCUGGAUUCUUGGCGUGCAACAGAGCAGAACCAGCCCCGCCACCUUUGCAUCCAGUGUGACUUGCUCUCAGUGGGAAGGAGUCCAGCUUUUUGCAUACAAGGGAGAGUGACUGAGCAAGCCUGCCUGCGUGCAUCACUCCAGCAUUUCUCUUUCCACUGAGGGCCAGCUUUCAUUCUUAAAUUAAAUUUUAAAGUGUCCUUUCUUAAGUUUCCUUUUUCCAGCUUGGCCACGGAAAGUUGAGACUGCCCAGCCUUGACUGGAAUUGUACAUAGGUAGAGAUGGAGUGGUUCCCCCCUCAUUGUUGCACUGGAGUUGGACAGAAGAAUAUUAAGUUGGUUCUGAAACUAGGAUGCUUUGGUUCUUUGAAGCUGCUUUCAUGGUGUCUUGUCUGCUUGUACUGAAUUACUUGACUGUGUCACAGUCCAGAUUACCUGGUUAAAUUUGACCUUUAGUGCAAUGGAGUUUUAUUUUUUGGUUGAAAGUUAGUCUGUAACUUAGUAAAACACUGGUUCAGAAACUGUCACUAUGCAUAAAGAGAGAACUUGUUUUGUCCUCUUGGUUUUUGUUUUUUACCCAUGCAUCCAACACUUCUGCCAGACAUGAGCGUCCAGUGCUGAGUGGUAAGUUCCUUUGAAGCAGGUAAGCUGUGAACUCAACCUGGACCUGCAACUUGUGUUGGUUUUUGAACCUGAAGGCAGAGAGCUGGGACUCAGUAUUUUCAAUCCCCUGGGCUUGUAGGAUGUUUAAGACAAUGCCCUGCUAGUAAGUCAGUUAUCUUUUUGUUUUAAAUAAUACACAGUGUGAUGCAGGAGGUUUCUUUCAAGCACUUUCUUUAAAACAAAUACACUCACUGCAUUAGUUCAAUUUUUCACACUGCUAUAGAAUUACAUAAUAAUAACAUCUAGUACUACAAAUCAGGUUUGGGGUUGUUUUUGAUAGUUCAAAGUAUUACGUUGUACAUUGAUCAAGUUCUAAAUACAUGAAAUAUUAGCAGUCUUGAGGAAUCUCUAAUUUGCUAAAUAUUUUGAUUCUGCGGAAGAGCAACUAAUAAAACCCUGAAAUGUAAUUCCCAGUGUCAUGGUUCCCAUCUCUCAUGCUCUUUGGCUAUAGCAGACAAGGAACUUGGUGGAUCCUGCCCUCCCAGGUGCUGCCAGCUCCUAUGGGCACAUGUGAACACUGUUGGGCAGAACCAGAGGUCUCUGGGCUGCAGCGGUGGAAGGUGCUGUGCUUCUCUGUGGCUUAUUUUUGUUUUUUUUGUUUUAUGUCAAGAUCCCAGCCUAGGGAUCCAGAUUCACAUUAGACCUGGAGCUGGAGCAUUGGACUGCUGGAGGGCAAAACAUCUCAGCUCAUUGCAUCAGUCUGUGUUUUUCAGUAGGAGGUUUCAGCUCAUCAGGACUCCAAAGGGGAUGGCAUUUGUCUCCAUUAUUGUUGUUAACUUUCUAUGACCAAAACAUCUAAUUUGGGCCCACUGUGCACUCCUGGAAUUCUCUGUGGGAUUUCCAACUGUGUGAAUUACACACAUUUAUAUAAAAUAAUGCAAGAGAGGGAUCUGCUGGCAAGUGUCUAGGAAAUGUGGAGAGGGAUGAUGAGGAUGAGUAGGGCAGUUUGCCUUGCACAUACUUUAUAGUGUUAACCUUCACCAUUUUCUAGUGGUGGAGCUGAAAUAAAGCUUGUCUAAAAAGGACAUUGAACAGCUGGUGGGGCAGCAGCUGCUGCCUCUGUGAGUGCAGGUAAUGCUCAGCUUUUCUUCCUUCCCAGGUGAUAAAUGCAACAGUGAAGUGAGGAAAUGGGGUUCCUGAUUAAUUGGAAAACCUUGAAAACAAAAUUCAAACUGCUUUACUGUCACUGCUGAGAGGAUUCGGUUGUGUUGCUUGUUCUGGUUUUCUCAGAAUUGCUACCCCAGUGAGUCCCUGUCUGGUACCAGACAGUCCUGAAGGGGCAAGAAUUCUGCAAACAAAGAAACAACUAUUUAGACCAAACCUCUGAAUAAAAUAAUAUCUGAUUGAUUGUACUAGUGUGUGUUGU